ACCGGAGGAGAGAAAAUGCUCACACAGUUCCUGCAGAACUUGAACCCUGGGUCCGGCAAUGCCAGCCUCCAUCUCCUGGACAGCAGCCCAUCAGCCACCCCUGGUUCCGGCCUGAGCCAGCCAGAAGACAGCUCUCAGGAGAUCACUACCACACCUGACCCUUCCACCAUGCUCAACAACAAUGACAAGCCCGGGCUGUCUGAAGGGGCUCCCUCUGGCCCCAGCACCUCUGUGCCGGGUGGAAAGACCAAGCCCCAGGCAGCAGGGCUGACCCACCUGCGACCUGUCAGUGCCCUGGGCACUGAGUACUUUGUGCUCACACCCCCCAGCUCCGGCAACCUGAAGGAGUUUGCCGUGAGGGCCGGCCCCACAGGUACCAGGGUCGACAUCCAGCUGAAGCGGCCAGUGACAUUCCAAGGCACCUCCUACCCUGCGGGCCAGGUGCUCAGUGUCACCCUCAAGCCCAACCAGGUGGCCCUGAUGCAGAGUGACUCUGACCUCUCAGGCUCCAGGGUCACAGCCAGCAGCCCCGUGGCUGUCUUCUCAGGACACAACUGUGCCCAGGAAGACUCGACAGCCUGUGGCCGAGUAGUGAGGCAGCUGCUCCCCACCUCAGCCUGGGGCACCGACUAUUUGGUGGCCAGCCAGAACUCUCAGAAGCCCUAUGACGUGGCCUACGUGGUGGCCAAGCAGACCACAAAGCUGACCUACAAUCACGGGGGCACCACUGGCUUCCGUUGGCUCAAGAAAGGGGAAGUGGCAGAGUUUGAGAUCCGGCCUUCUAGGCCACUCCACCUGACUGCAGACAAGGGCAUCCAGGUCCUGCAGUUUGGCACUGGGACCUCUAGGGACGGUGCUACCAGUGACCCGGAGCUGGUCCUGGUCCCAGAUGUGGCUUCCUACUGCUCUUCCUAUGUGGUCAAGAGCAUGCCAGGCUCUGAAAGGGUGGCCCUGGUGGUGGCACCAACCAAGGCAGCCGAGCAGCUGACCCUGGACACUCACUCACUUAGGAACCAGCUCACCUGGACAGCUGUGCCAGGCAGUGAGUUCUCCUUUGCAGAAGUGGCCCUCGGCUCUGAAGACAAGAACCACAUCAUCAAGGCCCCUGCCAACUUUGGGCUGCUUCCCUUUGGAAUCCAGCAGGCUGUGGACCAUGUAGCAGCAGCAUCCUGUGGUCGGAGGAUGACACAGGAGCCCACUGUAAACCCUGAGGACCCCAGAGGAGAGGAAUUCCUUGCAGUGUUCAUGCAGAACUUCUACGCAGGGUCCACCGACGCCAAUCUCUAUCUCCUGGUCACCAGCAUGUCCAACAGAGAGGCCUCUGUCUCUGUCCUCAGCCAUGCAGAUGACACCUCUCAGAAGGUCACCGUGAGACCCCGGCAGACAGUCAAGGUCAACAUAGGAGACAAGGCUGAGAUGGUGGGCAGCACCACCUUCCGGCACGCAGUGGUGGUCCACUCUGACCAGAGGGUCUCUGUGCAGGCCGUGAACUUCAAGCCAAAGACAGCAGAGCUGACACACCUGUGGCCCGUCAGUGCCCUGGGCACUGAGUACUUUGUGUUCACACCUCCCAGUGCUUGGGUCGCACCAGAGUUUGCUGUGGUGGCUGGUGCCACAGGUGCCAGGGUCAGCAUGAAGCUGAAGGGGGCAGUGACAUUCAAGGGCAAGUCCUACCCUGCAGGUCAGGUGCUGAGUGUCUCCCUGCAGCCCUAUGAGGUGGCCCAGGUGCAGAGUGAUUCUGAUCUCUCAGGGUCAAAGGUCACAUCCAGCAGCCCUGUGGCUGUCUUCUCAGGUCACACCUGUGCCCAGAAACACACAACCUGCAACCAUGUGGUGGAGCAGCUGCUCCCUACAUCUGCCUGGGGCACCCACUAUGUGGUGGCCACCCUGGACUCUCAGAACGUCUAUGACCUGGCCUAUGUGGUGGCCAGUCAGCCCACAAAGGUGACCUACAAUCACGGGGGCACCACUGGCUCCCGGCAGCUCAAGGAGGGGCAAGUGGCAGAGUUUGAGGUCCAGCCUUCCAGGCCACUCCACCUGACUGCAGACAGGGGCAUCCAGGUCCUGCUGUUGAGCACUGGGGCCCUAACUGAUGAACUUGCCUAUGACCCCUACCUGGUCCUGGUCCCAGAUGUGGCUUCCUACUGCUCUUCCUAUGUGGUCAAGGCUGUGCCAGACUCUGCUGGGGUGGCCCUGGUGGUGGCACCAACCAAGGCUGCUGAACAGCUGACCCUGGACACUCACUCACUUAGGAACCAGCUCACCUGGACAGCUGUGCCAGGCAGUGAGUUCUCCAUUGCAGAAGUGGCUCUCGGCUCUGAAGACACAAACCACAUCGCCAAGGCUCCUGUCAACUUCGGCCUGCUCACCAUUGGACUUGACCAGGCUGUGGGCUAUGGAACAUCAGCUGCCUGUGUCCAGAGGUCAACCCAGAAGGAUUCCAUGAAGCCCGGGAGCACCGGAGGAGAGAAAAUGCUCACACAGUUCCUGCAGAACUUGAACCCUGGGUCCGGCAAUGCCAGCCUCCAUCUCCUGGACAGCAGCCCAUCAGCCACCCCUGGUUCCGGCCUGAGCCAGCCAGAAGACAGCUCUCAGGAGAUCACUGCCACACCUGACCCUUCCACCAUGCUCAACAACAAUGACAAGCCCGGGCUGUCUGAAGGGGCUCCCUCUGGCCCCAGCACCUCUGUGCCGGGUGGAAAGACCAAGCCCCAGGCAGCAGGGCUGACCCACCUGCGACCUGUCGGUGCCCUGGGCACUGAGUACUUUGUGCUCACACCCCCCAGCUCCGGCAACCUGAAGGAGUUUGCCGUGAGGGCCGGCCCCACAGGUGCCAGGGUCGACAUCCAGCUGAAGCGGCCAGUGACAUUCCAGGGCACCUCCUACCCUGCGGGCCAGGUGCUCAGUGUCACCCUCAAGCCCAACCAGGUGGCCCUGAUACAGAGUGACUCUGACCUCUCAGGCUCCAGGGUCACAGCCAGCAGCCCCGUGGCUGUCUUCUCAGGACACAACUGUGCCCAGGAAGACUCGACAGCCUGUGGCCGAGUAGUGAGGCAGCUGCUCCCCACCUCAGCCUGGGGCACCGACUAUGUGGUGGCCAGCCAGAACUCUCAGAAGCCCUAUGACGUGGCCUACGUGGUGGCCAAGCAGACCACAAAGCUGACCUACAAUCACGGGGGCACCACUGGCUUCCGUUGGCUCAAGAAAGGGGAAGUGGCAGAGUUUGAGAUCCGGCCUUCCAGGCCACUCCACCUGACUGCAGACAAGGGCACCCAGGUCCUGCAGUUUGGCACUGGGACCUCUAGGGACGGUGCUACCAGUGACCCGGAGCUGGUCCUGGUCCCAGAUGUGGCUUCCUACUGCUCUUCCUAUGUGGUCAAGAGCAUGCCAGGCUCUGAAAGGGUGGCCCUGGUGGUGGCACCAACCAAGGCAGCCGAGCAGCUGACCCUGGACACUCACUCACUUAGGAACCAGCUCACCUGGACAGCUGUGCCAGGCAGUGAGUUCUCCUUUGCAGAAGUGGCCCUCGGCUCUGAAGACAAGAACCACAACCUCAAGGCCCCUUUCAACUUUGGGCUGCUUCCCUUUGGAAUCCGCCAGCCUGUGCGCUAUGGGACAGGAGCAUCCUGUGGUCAGAAGAAGCCCGGGAGCACCGGAGGAGAGAAAAUGCUCACACAGUUCCUGCAGAACUUGAACCCUGGGUCCGGCAAUGCCAGCCUCCAUCUCCUGGACAGCAGCCCAUCAGCCACCCCUGGUUCCGGCCUGAGCCAGCCAGAAGACAGCUCUCAGGAGAUCACUGCCACACCUGACCCUUCCACCAUGCUCAACAACAAUGACAAGCCCGGGCUGUCUGAAGGGGCUCCCUCUGGCCCCAGCACCUCUGUGCCGGGUGGAAAGACCAAGCCCCAGGCAGCAGGGCUGACCCACCUGCGACCUGUCAGUGCCCUGGGCACUGAGUACUUUGUGCUCACACCCCCCAGCUCCGGCAACCUGAAGGAGUUUGCCGUGAGGGCCGGCCCCACAGGUGCCAGGGUUGACAUCCAGCUGAAGCGGCCAGUGACAUUCCAGGGCUCCUCCUACCCUGCGGGCCAGGUGCUCAGUGUCACCCUCAAGCCCAACCAGGUGGCCCUGAUGCAGAGUGACUCUGACCUCUCAGGCUCCAGGGUCACAGCCAGCAGCCCCGUGGCUGUCUUCUCAGGACACAACUGUGCCCAGGAAGACUCGACAGCCUGUGGCCGAGUAGUGAGGCAGCUGCUCCCCACCUCAGCCUGGGGCACCGACUAUGUGGUGGCCAGCCAGAACUCUCAGAAGCCCUAUGACGUGGCCUACGUGGUGGCCAAGCAGACCACAAAGCUGACCUACAAUCACGGGGGCACCACUGGCUUCCGUUGGCUCAAGAAAGGGGAAGUGGCAGAGUUUGAGAUCCGGCCUUCCAGGCCACUCCACCUGACUGCAGACAAGGGCACCCAGGUCCUGCAGUUUGGCACUGGGACCUCUAGGGACGGUGCUACCAGUGACCCGGAGCUGGUCCUGGUCCCAGAUGUGGCUUCCUACUGCUCUUCCUAUGUGGUCAAGAGCAUGCCAGGCUCUGAAAGGGUGGCCCUGGUGGUGGCACCAACCAAGGCAGCCGAGCAGCUGACCCUGGACACUCACUCACUUAGGAACCAGCUCACCUGGACAGCUGUGCCAGGCAGUGAGUUCUCCUUUGCAGAAGUGGCCCUCGGCUCUGAAGACAAGAACCACAACCUCAAGGCCCCUUUCAACUUUGGGCUGCUUCCCUUUGGAAUCCGCCAGCCUGUGCGCUAUGGGACAGGAGCAUCCUGUGGUCAGAAGAAGCCCGGGAGCACCGGAGGAGAGAAAAUGCUCACACAGUUCCUGCAGAACUUGAACCCUGGGUCCGGCAAUGCCAGCCUCCAUCUCCUGGACAGCAGCCCAUCAGCCACCCCUGGUUCCGGCCUGAGCCAGCCAGAAGACAGCUCUCAGGAGAUCACUGCCACACCUGACCCUUCCACCAUGCUCAACAACAAUGACAAGCCCGGGCUGUCUGAAGGGGCUCCCUCUGGCCCCAGCACCUCUGUGCCGGGUGGAAAGACCAAGCCCCAGGCAGCAGGGCUGACCCACCUGCGACCUGUCAGUGCCCUGGGCACUGAGUACUUUGUGCUCACACCCCCCAGCUCCGGCAACCUGAAGGAGUUUGCCGUGAGGGCCGGCCCCACAGGUGCCAGGGUUGACAUCCAGCUGAAGCGGCCAGUGACAUUCCAGGGCUCCUCCUACCCUGCGGGCCAGGUGCUCAGUGUCACCCUCAAGCCCAACCAGGUGGCCCUGAUGCAGAGUGACUCUGACCUCUCAGGCUCCAGGGUCACAGCCAGCAGCCCCGUGGCUGUCUUCUCAGGACACAACUGUGCCCAGGAAGACUCGACAGCCUGUGGCCGAGUAGUGAGGCAGCUGCUCCCCACCUCAGCCUGGGGCACCGACUAUGUGGUGGCCAGCCAGAACUCUCAGAAGCCCUAUGACGUGGCCUACGUGGUGGCCAAGCAGACCACAAAGCUGACCUACAAUCACGGGGGCACCACUGGCUUCCGUUGGCUCAAGAAAGGGGAAGUGGCAGAGUUUGAGAUCCGGCCUUCCAGGCCACUCCACCUGACUGCAGACAAGGGCACCCAGGUCCUGCAGUUUGGCACUGGGACCUCUAGGGACGGUGCUACCAGUGACCCGGAGCUGGUCCUGGUCCCAGAUGUGGCUUCCUACUGCUCUUCCUAUGUGGUCAAGAGCAUGCCAGGCUCUGAAAGGGUGGCCCUGGUGGUGGCACCAACCAAGGCAGCCGAGCAGCUGACCCUGGACACUCACUCACUUAGGAACCAGCUCACCUGGACAGCUGUGCCAGGCAGUGAGUUCUCCUUUGCAGAAGUGGCCCUCGGCUCUGAAGACAAGAACCACAACCUCAAGGCCCCUUUCAACUUUGGGCUGCUUCCCUUUGGAAUCCGCCAGCCUGUGCGCUAUGGGACAGGAGCAUCCUGUGGUCAGAAGAAGCCCGGGAGCACCGGAGGAGAGAAAAUGCUCACACAGUUCCUGCAGAACUUGAACCCUGGGUCCGGCAAUGCCAGCCUCCAUCUCCUGGACAGCAGCCCAUCAGCCACCCCUGGUUCCGGCCUGAGCCAGCCAGAAGACAGCUCUCAGGAGAUCACUGCCACACCUGACCCUUCCACCAUGCUCAACAACAAUGACAAGCCCGGGCUGUCUGAAGGGGCUCCCUCUGGCCCCAGCACCUCUGUGCCGGGUGGAAAGACCAAGCCCCAGGCAGCAGGGCUGACCCACCUGCGACCUGUCAGUGCCCUGGGCACUGAGUACUUUGUGCUCACACCCCCCAGCUCCGGCAACCUGAAGGAGUUUGCCGUGAGGGCCGGCCCCACAGGUGCCAGGGUUGACAUCCAGCUGAAGCGGCCAGUGACAUUCCAGGGCUCCUCCUACCCUGCGGGCCAGGUGCUCAGUGUCACCCUCAAGCCCAACCAGGUGGCCCUGAUGCAGAGUGACUCUGACCUCUCAGGCUCCAGGGUCACAGCCAGCAGCCCCGUGGCUGUCUUCUCAGGACACAACUGUGCCCAGGAAGACUCGACAGCCUGUGGCCGAGUAGUGAGGCAGCUGCUCCCCACCUCAGCCUGGGGCACCGACUAUGUGGUGGCCAGCCAGAACUCUCAGAAGCCCUAUGACGUGGCCUACGUGGUGGCCAAGCAGACCACAAAGCUGACCUACAAUCACGGGGGCACCACUGGCUUCCGUUGGCUCAAGAAAGGGGAAGUGGCAGAGUUUGAGAUCCGGCCUUCCAGGCCACUCCACCUGACUGCAGACAAGGGCACCCAGGUCCUGCAGUUUGGCACUGGGACCUCUAGGGACGGUGCUACCAGUGACCCGGAGCUGGUCCUGGUCCCAGAUGUGGCUUCCUACUGCUCUUCCUAUGUGGUCAAGAGCAUGCCAGGCUCUGAAAGGGUGGCCCUGGUGGUGGCACCAACCAAGGCAGCCGAGCAGCUGACCCUGGACACUCACUCACUUAGGAACCAGCUCACCUGGACAGCUGUGCCAGGCAGUGAGUUCUCCUUUGCAGAAGUGGCCCUCGGCUCUGAAGACAAGAACCACAACCUCAAGGCCCCUUUCAACUUUGGGCUGCUUCCCUUUGGAAUCCGCCAGCCUGUGCGCUAUGGGACAGGAGCAUCCUGUGGUCAGAGGAUGCCACAGGAGGUCACUUCAGACCCUGAUGACAACCUGAGAGAGGAAUUCCUCACAGUCUUCAUGCAAAACUUUAACCCUGAAACCAGCAAUACCAGUCUCCACCUCCUGGUGACCAGCAUGUCAGACAAAGCUGCCUCUGUCUCCGUCCUCAGCCAUGCAGACAACACAUCAUUGAAGGUCACUGUGAGACCCGGGCACACAGUCAAGGUCAACAUCGGCUCCAAGGCUGAGAUGGUGGGCAGUACCACCUUCCGGCACGCAGUGGUGGUCCACUCUGACCAGAGGGUCUCUGUGCAGGCUGUAAAUGCCAAAAAGGCUACAGCAGAUGUGACUCAGCUCCGGCCUGUCAGUGCCCUGGGCACUGAGUACUUUGUGUUCACACCCCCCAGGGCUUGGGCCUCACCAGAGUUUGCUGUGGUGGCUGGUGCCACAGGUGCCAGGGUUGACAUGCAGCUAAAGGGGGCAGUGACAUUCCAGGGCAAGUCCUACCCUGCAGGUGAUGUGCUGAGUGUCACCCUGCAGCCCUAUGAGGUGGCCCAGGUGCAGAGUGAUUCUGAUCUCUCAGGGUCAAAGGUCACAGCCAGCAGCCCUGUGGCUGUCUUCUCAGGUUACACAUGUGCCAAAAAACAUACAAACUGUGACCAUGUAGUGGAACAGCUGCUCCCCACAUCUGCCUGGGGCACCCACUAUGUGGUGGCCACCCUGAAUUCACAGAAUCUCUAUGACUUGGCCUAUGUGGUAGCCAGUCAGCCCACAAAGUUGACCUAUAAUCAUGGGGGCACCACAGGCUCCCAGCAGCUCAAGGAAGGGGAAGUAGCAGAGUUUGAGGUACGGCCUUCCAGGCCACUCCACCUGACUGCAGACAAGGGCAUCCAAGUCCUGCUGUUUGGCACUGGGGCCUCAAAGGAUGGUGUUACCUAUGACCCUUAUCUGGUCCUGGUCCCAGAUGUGGCUUCCUACUGCUCUUCCUAUGUGGUCAAGACUGUGCCAGGCUCUAAAGGGGUGGCCCUGAUGGUGGCACCAACCAAGACUACCAAACAGUUCACCUUGGAUGACCACACACUUGGAGACCAGCUCACCUGGACAGCUGUGCCAGGCAGUGAGUUCUCCUUUGCAGAAACAGACCUCGGCUCUGAAGACACAAACCACGUCGCCAAGGCCCCUGCCAACUUUGGGCUGCUCACCUUUGGAAUGGACCAAUAUAUUGGCUAUGGGACAUCAACUGCCUGUGAUCAGAGGAAGACCCAGGAGGUCUCCAUGACACCCAGGAACACCGUGACAGAGGAAUUCCUCGCAGCCUUCAUGCAGAACACCAACGCUGGAUCCAACAACACCAGUCUCCACCUCCUGGUCACCAGCAUGUCAGACAAGGCUGCCACUGUCUCUGUCCUCAGCCACGCAGACCACACCUCUCAGAAGGUCACUGUGAGACCCAGGCAGACAGUCAAGGUCAACAUCAGCUCCAAGGCUGAGAUGGUGGGCAGCACCACCUUCCGGCACGCAGUGGUGGUCCACUCUGACCAGAGGGUCUCUGUGCAGGCUGUAAAUGCCAAAAAGGCUACAGCAGAUGUGACUCAGCUCUGGCCCGUCAGUGCCCUGGGCACUGAGUACUUUGUGUUCACACCCCCCAAUGAUUGGGUCUCACCAGAGUUUGCUGUGGUGGCUGGUGCCACAGGUGCCAGGGUUGACAUGCAGCUAAAGGGGGCAGUGACAUUCCAGGGCCAGUUCUACCCUGCAGGUCAGGUGCUGGGUGUCACCUUGAAGCCUUAUGAGGUGGUCCAGGUGCAAAGUUAUUUUGAUCUCUCAGGGUCAAAGGUCACAGCCAGCAGCCCUGUGGCUGUCUUCUCAGGUCACACAUGUGCUACUAAACACACAACUUGUGACCAUGUAGUGGAACAGCUGCUUCCCACAUCUGCCUGGGGCACCCACUAUGUGGUGGCCACCCUGAAUUCACAGAAUCUCUAUGACUUGGCCUAUGUGGUAGCCAGUCAGCCCACAAAGUUGACCUAUAAUCAUGGGGGCACCACAGGCUCCCAGCAGCUCAAGGAAGGGGAAGUAGCAGAGUUUGAGGUACGGCCUUCCAGGCCACUCCACCUGACUGCAGACAAGGGCAUCCAAGUCCUGCUGUUUGGCACUGGGGCCUCAAAGGAUGGUGUUACCUAUGACCCUUAUCUGGUCCUGGUCCCAGAUGUGGCUUCCUACUGCUCUUCCUAUGUGGUUAAGACUGUGCCAGGCUCUAAAGGGGUGGCCCUGAUGGUGGCACCAACCAAGACUACCAAACAGUUCACCUUGGAUGACCACACACUUGGAGACCAGCUCACCUGGACAACUGUGCCAGGCAGUGAGUUCUCCUUUGCAGAAACAGACCUCGGCUCUGAAGACACAAACCACGUCGCCAAGGCCCCUGCCAACUUUGGGCUGCUCACCUUUGGAAUGGACCAAUAUAUUGGCUAUGGGACAUCAACUGCCUGUGAUCAGAGGAAGACCCAGGAGGUCUCCAUGACACCCAGGAACACCGUGACAGAGGAAUUCCUCGCAGCCUUCAUGCAGAACAUCAAACCUGAAUUUGGAAACACCAAUCUCCACCUCCUGAUCACCAGCAUAUCAGACCAAGCUGCCACUGUCUCUGUCCUCAGCCACGCAGACCACACCUCUCAGAAGGUCACUGUGAGACCCAGGCAGACAGUCAAGGUCAACAUAGGAGACAAGGCUGAGAUGGUGGGUAGCACCACCUUCCAGCAUGCAGUGGUGGUCCACUCUGACCAGAGGGUCUCUGUGCAGGCUGUAAAUGCCAAAAAGGCUACAGCAGAUGUGACUCAGCUCUGGCCCGUCAGUGCCCUGGGCACUGAGUACUUUGUGUUCACACCCCCCAGUGCUUGGGUCUCACCAGAGUUUGCUGUGGUGGCUGGUGCCACAGGUGCCAGGGUCAGCAUGAAGCUGAAGGGGGCAGUGACAUUCCAGGGCAAGUUCUACCCUGCAGGUCAGGUGCUGAGUGUCACCCUGCAGCCCUAUGAGGUGGCCCAGGUGCAGAGUGAUUCUGAUCUCUCAGGGUCAAAGGUCACAGCCAGCAGCCCUGUGGCUGUCUUCUCAGGUCACAGCUGUGCCCAGAAACACACAACAUCUUGUGACCACGUGGUGGAGCAGCUGCUCCCCACAUCUGCCUGGGGCACCCACUAUGUGGUGGCCACCCUGGACUCUCAGAAUCUCUUUGACCUGGCCUAUGUGGUGGCCAGUCAGCCCACAAAGUUGACCUACAAUCAAGGAGGCAUCACUGGGUCCCAUCAGCUCGAGGAAGGAGAAGUAGCAGAGUUUGAGGUCCAGCCUUCCAGGCCACUCCACCUGACUGCUGACAAGGGCAUCCAAGUCCUGCUGUUUGGCACUGGGGCCUCAAAGGAUGGUGUUACCUAUGACCCUUAUCUGGUCCUGGUCCCAGAUGUGGCUUCCUACUGCUCUUCCUAUGUGGUCAAGACUGUGCCAGGCUCUAAAGGGGUGGCCCUGAUGGUGGCACCAACCAAGACUACCAAACAGUUCACCUUGGAUGACUACACACUUGGAGACCAGCUCACCUGGACAGCUGUGCCAGGCAGUGAGUUCUCCUUUGCAGAAACGGACCUCAGCUCUGAAGACACAAACCACGUCGCCAAGGCCCCUGCCAACUUUGGGCUGCUCACCUUUGGAAUGGACCAAUAUAUUGGCUAUGGGACAUCAACUGCCUGUGAUCAGAGGAUGUCACAGGAGGCCACUACAAAGACUAAGAACACCAUGACAGAGGAAUUCCUCACAGCUUUCAUGCAAAAUUUCAACCCUGGGUCCAGCAACGCCAAUCUCCACCUCUUGGUCACCAGCAUGUCAGACCAAGCUGCCACUGUCUCUGUCCUCAGCCAUGCAGACAACACCUCUCAGAAGGUUACCGUGAGACCUGGGCAGACAGUCAAGGUCAACAUAGGAGACAAGGCUGAGAUGGUGGGUAGCACCACCUUCCGGCACGCAGUGGUGGUCCACUCUGACCAGAGGGUCUCUGUGCAGUCGGUGAACUUCAAGCCCUUGACAGCAGAUCUAACACACCUGUGGCCCGUCAGUGCCCUGGGCACUGAGUACUUUGUGUUCACACCCCCCAGUGCUUGGGUCUCACCAGAGUUUGCUGUGGUGGCUGGUGCCACAGGUGCCAGGGUCAGCAUGAAGCUGAAGGGGGCAGUGACAUUCCAGGGCAAGUCCUACCCUGCAGGUCAGGUGCUGAGUGUCACCCUGCAGCCCUAUGAGGUGGCCCAGGUUCAGAGUGAUUCUGAUCUCUCAGGGUCAAAGGUCACAGCCAGCAGCCCUGUGGCUGUCUUCUCAGGUCACAGCUGUGCCCAGAAACACACAACAUCUUGUGACCACGUGGUGGAGCAGCUGCUUCCCACAUCUGCCUGGGGCACCCACUAUGUGGUGGCCACCCUGGACUCUCAGAAUCUCUUUGACCUGGCCUAUGUGGUGGCCAAGCAGACCACAAUGUUGACCUACAAUCAUGGGGGCACCACUGGGUCCCAUCAGCUCAAGGAGGGGCAAGUGGCAGAGUUUGAGAUCCAGCCUUCUCGGCCACUCUAUCUGACUGCAGACAAGGGCAUCCAAGUCUUGCAGUUUGGCACUGGGGCCUCAAAGGAUCGCAUUACCUAUGACCCCUACCUGGUCCUGGUUCCAGAUGUGGCUUCCUACUGCUCUUCCUAUGUGGUCAAGACUGUGCCAGACUCUAAAGGAGUGGCCUUGGUGGUGGCAUCAACCAAGGAUGCUGAACAGCUGAUCCUGGACAAUCACUCACUUAGGAACCAGCUCACCUGGACAGCUGUGCCAGGCAGUGAGUUCUCCUUUGCAGAAGUGGCCCUCGGCUCUGAAGACACAAACCAUGUUGCCAAGGCCCCUGCCAACUUUGGGCUGCUCCCCUUUGGAUUGGACCACUUUAUCGGCUAUGGGACAUCAGCUGCCUGUAAUCAGAGAAAGAAACAGGAGGUCCCUAUGAGACUCAGGAACAGCAGGGGGAAAGAAUUCCUCGCAGCCUUCAUGCAGAACUUCGACCCUGGGUCCAGCAACGCCAAUCUCCACCUCUUGGUCACCAGCAUGUCAGACCAAGCUGCCACUGUCUCUGUCCUCAGCCAUGCAGACAACACCUCUCAGAAGGUCACUGUGAGACCCGGGCAGACAGUCAAGGUCAACAUAGGAGACAAGGCUGAGAUGGUGGGCAGCACCACCUUCCGGCACGCAGUGGUGGUCCACUCUGACCAGAGGGUCUCUGUGCAGGCUGUGAACUUCAAGCCAUUGACAGCAGAUCUAACACACCUGUGGCCCGUCAGUGCCCUAGGCACUGAGUACUUUGUGUUCACACCCCCCAGUGCUUGGGUCUCACCAGAGUUUGCUGUGGUGGCUGGUGCCACAGGUGCCAGGGUCAGCAUGAAGCUGAAGGGGGCAGUGACGUUCAAGGGCAAGUCCUACCCUGCAGGUCAGGUGCUGAGUGUCUCCCUGAAGCCCUAUGAGGUGGCCCAGGUGCAGAGUGAUUCUGAUCUCUCAGGGUCAAAGGUCACAGCCAGCAGCCCUGUGGCUGUCUUCUCAGGUCACACUUGUGCUAUAAAACACACAACAUCUUGUGACCACAUGGUGGAGCAGCUGCUCCCCACAUCUGCCUGGGGCACCCACUAUGUGGUGACAACUCUGGACACUCAGAAUGCCUAUGACCUGGCCUAUGUGGUGGCCAGUCAGCCCACAAAGGUGACCUACAAUCACGGGGGCACCACAGGCUCCCAGCAGCUCAAGGAAGGGGAAGUAGCAGAGUUUGAGGUACGGCCUUCCAGGCCACUCCACCUGACUGCAGACAAGGGCAUCCAAGUCCUGCUGUUUGGCACUGGGGCCUCAAAGGAUGGUGUUGCCUAUGACCCUUAUCUGGUCCUGGUCCCAGAUGUGGCUUCCUACUGCUCUUCCUAUGUGGUCAAGACUGUGCCAGGAUCUAAAGGAGUGGCCUUGGUGGUGGCAUCAACCAAGGCUGCGGAACAGCUGAUCCUGGACAAUCACUCACUUAGGAACCAGCUCACCUGGACAGCUGUGCCAGGCAGUGAGUUCUCCUUUGCAGAAGUGGCCCUCGGCUCUGAAGACACAAACCACGUCAUCAAGGGCCCUGCCAACUUUGGGCUGCUCCCCUUCGGAUUGGACCAGUUUAUUGGCUAUGGGACAUCAGCUGCCUGUGAUGAGAGUGAAUGAUGGACAAUGACCUCUUCCCCUGUGUAAAUAGUGACCCCCUUUCUGGCUCUCUCACCCUUUCCCCUUCCCCACCUACCUGCUCUUUAGUGACUCCUGGCUCAAUUGGACUGUCCCUCACUCUGACUCCCAUCUUCCCUCUCCUGAAGAUUUCUGGGGAAGGGGUGUUAAAUAGCUCACCUGGAACUACAUCCCUCUUAUUUGAGGCCCUGUCUGUGAGCAUGACACUGGAUGGAAUACAUGGUCAGAAGCGUCUCAAUGAUGGUUGAUGCUGGAGUGGUAUUGAGGUGUGUUUCUUUUUUCUAUUUCUCUGCACAUAUGAAAUAAAAAAUAUAUUUCCCAGUA